GAGGACAAAUAAAAUUUCUGUUCACCAUAUAACAUUGAUGUAAAAGGCCAUGAAACCAUAACCUCAAAAGUUUGACAAGUAGAUAUUGUUGAUGUGUAAAAUUUAAAAUAAUCAACUUUAUGUGUUUAAUUAACAAUGUCUGCAAUAGAUAGAGUGAGAAUUUUAGUGUUAGGUGACUCAGGUGUAGGAAAAACAUCUUUUGUCCAUUUAGCAGCUCACAAUGAACCUUUGAGGUCACCUAGCUGGACCGUAGGCUCUUCUGUUGAAGUAAAAUUACACGAAUAUAAGGAAGGUAUGAAGGAACAAAAGACCUUCUUCGUGGAAUUCUGGGACAUCGGAGGAAGCCAUUCCCACCGAAACGCUAGAUCUGUAUUCUACAAUCCCUGCCACGGAGCCAUAUUAGUCCACGACCUCACCAACGGUAAAUCCGAAAAAAACCUACACAAGUGGGUGCGAGAAAUCGGAAAGAACAGUAGAGAACGGAAAUCCUCCACGUCUUUAAACAUCCUAUCGAACUCCCCUGGGAUUGGUAUCGACAUCGAAUUCGACCAGGAGAGUUACAUAGGCAACACAUCAACGAUCCCUUAUCUAGUGAUCGGAACGAAAGUGGACCAGUCAGACGAUCGCAAGACGCGCUCCGAGAGCGUCGCGACGAGUUUGGGAUGCGACGAAAUCGUCAUGGACUGCAGGCAGACCAGGUAUCUCGCCGCAGGUACUUCGAAUGCCGUUAAAUUGUCCAGAUUCUAUGACAGGGCCAUCGAGACGAGGGCCAAAAGCCACAAAGAUUCGUUUACGGAAAGGUUCGGGGAUCCCAUAUCGCCUACUUUAUCUACAAAGUUUUAUUCGCCCCAUCAGGAUUAAUAGGUAUAUCAUUAUUUUAAGUGCAGGACAUUAAUUGGUUAAAGUUUGUGUAAGAUGGUAGACUGAUGAGUAUACAGUUACUCGAAUCAACAAAUCAAAUUUGGCAAUAACGAUCAGUGUAUAUCGAUUAAUGAUUUUUAUACACCCUGUAAAAGUAUGAAACAAAAACGUUUAUUAAAUAUUCAUAUUUCUUUAAUUUAUAGGCCAAAACUUCAUAAGCAAUAACAAUUCAUUUACAUGUAUAAAUAUCCCGAUCAAUUACAAGUUUUAAAUACCAUAUAAAAAUAAUAUCACUAUUUUAUUUUUACAAACAAAUCUCGCCUUCCAUUAAUAUAUUAACCGAGAUAUCAGCUGCAAGCUUUGAUAAUUGCGGAUAAAGCAAUAAUAAAAUGACUAGUUUUCAAGACACUUUUGAACAAAGCAUCUAUUCUGGAUUUUUAUUGCUUUAUUAAUAGAAAUAUUCGAAGAUGAGUAUUUUGAAGAUUACAAAUUUUUUGAACGUGACAAGAUUUAAAGAAAUUAUUUUCUUUUGUUUGGGGAUGUCCAAUUUUAAAAUAGCCUUUUGAUAUCUCGAUUACAUAUAGGUACAAUAUCUAAUAAUACUUGAGUUUCUCUCCUCUAUAAAAUAGGGCGAGAACUAUUCAUAUUAGUUUAUUGUUUUUUGUUGGUUUAGAUUAACAUUUAAAUAAAUUAGAUUUUAUUUAAAUUGACUAAUCAAACUAAUUAUUAUUGUUUAAUUUUAUUCAAUAAUUCAUCGAUUCGUUUAAUACACACUUUCGAACCAUCAUAGGCCUCUUUGGAGAACUAAAAUAAAGAAAAACAAUGCAAAGAAGCAAUAAAUUUUGUAUACAAAAGUAAAAUUUAUAAUAAUUACCAACGAAAAAUUGAGAAAUCCAUGCGGUAGGCCUUCCAAUACAUCCACUUGUACAUUGUUGCCAAUAGUUUUCAGCCUUCUUGCGAACAUGAUACAAUCAUCAAGACAAGGAUCCAUUUGAACGCUCUAUAAAAAAAAUAAUUUAAUAAUCUAGUAGGUAUUUCGAGAACAAAAUGUACUUACUAAAACUCUAGUCGGUGGAAAUUUCUUCAAAUCCUCAUCGGCGGCCAAUAAAGGACUAAGGAAAGGAUCCUUGGGCACGUCGAACGAAAACUUAUCCAUAAACGAACUCUUCGGAUCCACAUCCAAAUCCAGGAGUUUAGUAGCCUCCGAAGCGCGCCCCCUAUCACCUACAACUGCAAUUUACUAUGUACCUUGUUGAUUAUCGAUUUUAACACGCUUACUUAAAUAUUUCGAAAAUGAUUCCCUAAAAUUCGAGAUGAUCGACGUAAAUUUAGUCUGCAAAGAUUCUGUAGUUUUACGAUCGGCUUCCGAGUCCGAACCUACAAAUACACAACACGAAUAAAAACAGUUAAGGAUCUUUUGAAUAGUAAAAUUACUGAUGAUCUACACCUUGCUCCAUUUCCGAUUGCAACAUGGUCAUUUCUAUGAGUGGAACAAAGAAAGACUAAUAAAAUGACAGCUGUCAGAGUGAUGCAAUGACACAAAUGUCAUUCUUUCCUUUUCCUUUGUAAGUGUCUAAUAGAAGUUGUCUUUAUCGCACCCAUGGCCUAUAUAACCUAUGUUGCGAUCAAAAAUGGAGCAACCUGUAUUUAAUCAAUCUACUAAAGCAACUUAUAAAAACGAAUGAGAUGAUGUCACCUAUGAUGUACAUAUUACACCAUAGAUCACAGCGGUGAAUGGAUCGAAAACGUAACACAAAAAAAUAAUAACAAACCAGCUCUACUACAGCUUUCAAGCAACUCCUUCAUCUGACCUUUCAUCUUCGACGACCCUUCCGGCUCGUCUUCGGAGUUCAGUGACUCGUAGGUCAAGGUGUCGGAUUGCUCAGAAACGGGCGAUCGUUGGGCGCGCAGCUCCAUCAAAUCCGAUUCGGAUAUUUCCUCGAAGCUUUCCGUAUCGGAAUUAUCGGCAUCGCUGUUCGAAGCGAACUGCUUCACGUUCGGAUCCGGAACGGCGUA